AUGCAUUCCGCGACGAAAAAAUCCGCCCAGAAAGCGCCGACGUUUACUCGACAUAGAAUUUCCAGCAGAUCUGUGCGUAAGAAUCGAGCGAUCAAGGAGCCGUCCGAUGUCACGGAGAAGAUUUCCGACGUAAAGGAAUCUCCCUCUUCCUCCUCAGACGAUGAUGGCGAAAAAGGAGGCGAAUCCAUCAAACGAGCGCCUCGACCGUCGACGCUGAACCGCCCGGUUUCGGAAGCCGCGGUGAACAGCGACGCCGCGUUGGCGAACUUAAGAGCCGCGGGAGGUGCUAACGUCUAUCAAUCCGAGCGCAAAUCAUCCAUCAUCACCUUAGGUCUCUCUAUUCACACGUGUCCGGUUGAGAUUCGAGAGAAGAUGGCGGUACCGGCGGAUCGAUUCGAAGAGGCGGUGACGUCUUUGGUGGACGAGAACCCGCACGUGGAAGAGGCGGCUAUUUUGUCCACGUGUAAUCGUAUGGAGGUGACUAUUGUCGGGUUAUCGUACGAUCGAGCGGUGGCAGAGUUGGAAAACUGGAUGAGUAAAUGGUCCGGGGUAGAAUUGACGGAGUUAAGAGAGCACUUUUUCUUGUUGAAGGAUCGAGACGCGUGUACGCACUUGUUGGCGGUUUCGGGCGGUUUGGAUUCGGUCGUUUUGGGCGAGGGUCAAAUUUUAGCGCAAGUGAAAUCGGUGUUUCAAAUGGGUGAGAACGUUAAAGGGUUUGGGAGACAUUUGACUGGAUUGUUCAAAGCUGCGAUUGUGGCUGGUAAACGCGUGAGAAACGAGACGACGAUUGCAUCCGGGGCGGUUUCCGUCUCCUCGGCGGCGGCGGAGUUGUUGCAAAUGAAAUUACCGGGUGAGUCUUACGAAGGUACCAGAGUGAUGAUUGUUGGCGCUGGGACGAUGAGUAAGUUGUUGGUGAAGCACUUGGAGUCGAAGAGGUGCACAGAAAUGACGAUUUUGAACCGAACAAAACCGAGAGCGGAGGCGUUGGCUGAGGAGUUUCCCAACGUCAACAUGAAAAUUCACUUGAUGGAUGAUUUCAUCCCGUUGGCAGCUGAGCACGAUAUUAUUUUUACCGCGAGUAGUUCCAUGGAACCGAUCAUCACGAAGGAGCACUUGGACGCCAUGCCGAUGGCAACUGCUAAGGUUGACGGGAAGAGACGAUUGGUCGACAUCGCCGUGCCGAGAAACGUCUGCGCGAGUUGCUCGGAGCACGCGGAGACGAUUUGCUACAACGUGGACGAUCUCAAGGAGCUCGCCGAGGCCAAUAAAGCGAAGAGGAACCAAGCCGCGGAAGACGCGAGACAGCUGUUGGAGGAAGAAUUGAACGCGUUUGAAGCUUGGAGAGAUUCCUUAGAAACUGUGCCGACGAUCAAACGAUUGAGAUCGAAAGCCGAACGCAUUCGAUCGCAAGAGUUGGAGAAGGCUUUGAGUAAAAUCAAAGGCGAAUUGUCCAAUAAAGAUAAGAAAGUUUUCGAAGAGUUAUCGCGAGGUAUCGUGAACAAGCUUUUGCAUGGACCGAUGCAAGCUUUGCGAUCGGACGGAAGCGACAGAGCGGCGGUAGCGCAGACUUUGGUCAACAUGCACGCUUUGGAGCUCAUGUUCGAAUUAAGAAAGGAAGACGAAAUCGAAGAAGAGGAGAAGAAGAAGAAGAAGGAAGCCGAAGGGAAAAAGUAG